AAAAUAAUUUUUUGUUUCGUUUCGCCAUUCCUGUUGGUUUGGUCCUCCUUCAUGGUUUGGUUGUGUUCGCCGACUAAAGCCAUUGUCUGCAAUCGUUUUUAAUUUCAGUGAAGGAACAGGAGUGUUAACAAAAAAAAGUAAGUGUUGUUUAUGCCUGAUUUCUUCAUUUUCCAAAGUCAGAGGCAUCAUAAAUGAAAUUGGAUUUCAUUAACUGAUUCAGACUAAUGGAUGACAAGUUGUGAAAUAGAAGUGGACACAUGCUGAGUGAAUGGCUCAUGAGGGAAGUCCAGUUCAUGUUUCCUCCCCUUCACAAGAACUGGGUCUGUCUGUGAAGGAUCCAGGAGACGAUUGUCAGCCAGAAUUGUGGUACACUGAGGGCAAUGAUAUUAUUGAUGCUGGUGGUCCCUCAAGUGUAGAAGUUCAGCCUGAUUUAAGUGGCAGUCCUCGCAGCAUCAGUGCAUCUAGCCAGCUUGACGAUUUCAACGGUUCCCUAUCUCCUUCAAAUCCCAUAGCAGAGACUGAAGGAGGGGGAGACCUAGACAUCAUGGGUAUUGCUAACUCAUGGAAUGAUGAUGAUGCUUUCUGCAAUGAAUCUGCUAUUCCUGCAAGAGGAGUUGAACUGUCUUGUAUGAGCUUAGGGCAAACAGCCAGUUCAGGACCAUGGACAAGUCCCACGCCUCUGUUCCCAACUACGCUAGACUUAUUUGAAGAUGACCGGGAAUCAGUCUGUGAACUUUUGGGAGACGUAGCCGAUUCCAACAGCAUUCCUGGUGUUUGUGGUCUUCGCAACCUUGGAAACACUUGCUUUAUGAACGCUGGUUUGCAGUGUUUAAUUAAUACGCCGCCACUUUUGAAUUACUUCCAUUCAAAUUCAAUUGACGAUCAGUAUAUCGGAUGCAACUCCGUCCAUCUUACGGCGCAGUUUGCCGCGUUUCUUCUAAAAAUGUGGAGUGGUCGCUUCAGCACCCUCCGGCCGGCUGAAUUUAAACACACGUUGUCCUUAUAUCAUCCCCAAUUUAAAGACUAUCGUCAGCAUGAUUGUCAAGAAUUUCUUGCCUUACUGCUGGAUUCCCUUCAUGAGCAUCUUAGCCAGACAGCUUUGAAGGAAGGUACUUCCGAACACACGAGGGAUAUUGUACCCGGUACUGGUAGUGGAAGAAAUGCAGAUCUCCCAGCUGACUGUUGCCUGUUGACGGAAGAACCAAUGGAGCUUUACGAGAGCUCACGUUCGAGUCAAUUGUCGUCUCCUCGAAGUUCUUCGGACUCUGUGGAGACCUCAUCAAGUUGUACUACAAGUUGCAGUAGUACGCGUGCCAAGGCAGCGGCAUUAUCUCUGAGAUCAUUACCUAUUCCAGAGGAAGUAAAACAACCUCUUUUUCCUCUCACAAUUCAUCCACCAUCCCAAGAUGGCAGUGUCACUGACCUUCUCUUUAAAGGAAGCUCUCUCUCACCUCAGAAAUGCUCGUUGGUAAUGGAGCGCAAUAUGCUUAAUCCGUGUGCAGACCCUGUUCAAAAUAUCGUCCUAGAAAAAAAUCUACUUAGUGAAAUUAGCAGCAUGAUGAAAGAAUCUAAAACAGCAAACGUCAACAUAUCAACUGGUUCUGCCGAGACUUCGCCUAAUAAUGAGAUCUGCUUUGAUUCUGGUAAAUUUCCGCCAACGGAUCAGGUCAAACCACGGGCUGCGGUGGCGUCAACACUCGUUCGGAACACGGACAGUGCUCAGGUCCUCAUGCAAGCCAAGCAACAUUUAAUCCAAAAGAACAAAGUAAAAAAUACCAACAUGUUGAAAGAGACAGCAAAGCGUCUCAGUGAAGAUCAAAAUUUGUCAUCUUCAUUCCCGCUCUCUUUGGCCGAAGCUACCUCUUGUGGCGAACAGUCAUUACCAAGUCCAAACAACGAGAAUGUUAGUAGUAUUAGUAAAAAGGCUCGGCUCGAAAACGAUGACGGCCAAGAAGCGCUGGCGAUUGGUCAAGUCAAUGAUAAUAGAGGUACAUCGCCGUGGGACUCGCUCGGUGCUCUCAGUAAGGCUGUCAGGGAAGAAGAAUCUUCCCGUAGUGAUAACGGUGUAUGUUUAACGAACUCGAUGGCAAAUGAGUCUGUGGUCACACACACAUUUCAGGGACAAUUCCGCAGCACGGUUGUGUGUUGCUCUUGCAAACACGUUUCGGUAACAUAUGAGCCUUUUAUGUACUUGUCCGUCCCUUUGCCACGUGCGCUGGAACGCCUGAUAGAAGUGGUGUACAUUCCAGCAUCGGGAGCGAAUGGUUCUAGCCGUCAUCAACUGCUGCUCCAGCAGUAUGACGAAGUGUUGAAACUGCGUCAAAUGCUGGUCAAAUGUUUAGGGCUGAAUGAGGAGCAAUGUGGUAGGUUAGUGCUGGCAGAGGUGGCUAACCGUGUCAUCGUGCGGUUUUUGGAGGACCAGUUGUUACUCCGGAAUUUAACGGAUGGACAACACCGGUCGGUAUAUGCCUUUGCGGUGCCUCCUCCUUCCCCUUCCCUUACACCAGCUGGAUUAAGUGGUAGUGACGACGUAUGUUCAUCGUCAACUGGCGUUUCCGCUGCUAUAACACAAUGUAGUGACCCUUCCGAGACAGACUUACCGGCACCGAUAAUGGACAACUCGUGGAAAAGCUGUGCUAUAUGCCUCGAAGAAAUGGCCGAUGCAGAUUUACGGAAGCACACAUCGUGCACGUGUCUCUUGUGCCAAUCCUGCAUUGAGGCCUCCUGCAAACACCAUCGAAGUAGCUUCGGCGGAGGUAGUCGAAUUGGUGAUUAUCUGCAGUGUCCAGUAUGCGGCAUGGAUGUUAAACCAGAAGAAGAGUUUGCACCUUUAGAUAAACUCCAUUGCUACCGACCUGUCAUCCGACUGCUCAAUUUACCUGUUCUUUUUCGACUGGCCAGCAAUCUACGUUCCGCUAACCCCAAAAGUAGUCGGCUAAUUGGGCAUCCUCGUCUCUUGCAGCUCCCCAACCUCGUCUCACCUAAGAGCUUAUACGACACGGUCAAGAACAUUUAUCCUAAAGUGAACGCCUUCGAUCUGUGCUUUGUGGAUCAACAGGGAAUAAGAUGCCCUCGCUGUGUUUAUCCUAAUCGUUGCAAUGGAUGCAAAAUCAGUCCCGAUGCUGAUCAAAUCUCACUACAGCCGGGCGAUUGCUUAGCGGUGCAAGUUUAUCCUCCAGACGAUGAAGAAGUCGAAUUUGAGGUGACGAAAUGGGAGAAAUUUUUUGAAUUACAGACUGCUGCCGAGCAGGACGAUUGCGUAAGCAGCUCCAGUUCUUCAUCACGUUUUCAAAAAGAACCACUCACUCUGGAUGAUUGUCUCAGUGCUUUUUCAGAAAGUGAAACUCUUGACGAAGGUAAUCCUUGGUUCUGUCCCAAGUGCCAGAAAAGCCAGUGUGCAAGUAAAACCUUGUCCAUCUGUCAGGCCCCUCCAUAUCUAAUAGUUUAUCUGAAACGGUUCGUGUUCCAUGACAAUUCGAGCAGCAAACUUGAUAAUAGGGUGGAGUUUCCCUUGACUGGUUUGUGCUUGCAACCUUACGUUGAUAACGGAGAUGUUUCCAAUAACAGUGAAGAUUACAUGUAUGAUCUUUAUGGAGUUGUCUGUCACUUUGGAAGUGCUUCGUCAGGUCAUUACACAGCGUACACACGACACGUCAACUCGAAAGACUGGCAUUACUAUAACGAUGAAACCGUCUUAUCGCGUGCGCCUCAAGAUGAAGACUUCAGCCAUGGCUAUGUUCUUUUUUAUCAGCGUCGUAGUAGACCAAAUUGCCACGACGAAACUCUCAUGCCGUGUGUUACGGAUAAAUAAAAUUAAUUAUUUUGCUUAUAGGAAACAUAAGAAACUCUUUAUCUGUGAAUGGGAAAGUUCAAGCUCUAAAUGACGAACAUUCCUAACUCGUUCGUGGAAUCGGAAAUGUGCAAAUCAUUUCGAUGUCGUGUUUGUUUUGUUUGUUGAUUUUUUUUUUAAAGAAGUUCCUGUAAAUGAUUAAACAGCUUGGAACCGAUAAAAUCAGAAGCUGACCCGUAAUUUGCCAUGCUUGUUUAAAGGUUUUUUUGUUUUUCAAUUUCUUUUAUCUUGAUACAAAGAGCGUACCUCCGUCUUUGACUGUCGUUUGUUCCUUAUUUGCAUACUCCCCUUUUCUUGUACUAAACACAAUACACAUAUGCCAGUGUUUGAAA